AAGCGCGGAGUGCGCCGGCGCGUAGUCGGGGACGCCAGGCCGAGGCUUUUGCCAGGGAACCGACUGUUGUCGCCCCGCCCCUUCGGGGCUUUCUGUCCCGCUAACUGUCGGAGUGGCGGGGGCUUCACCGCCGGGCGACAUGCCGGUGCGCUUCAAGGGGCUGAGUGAAUACCAGAGGAACUUUCUGUGGAAAAAGUCUUAUUUGUCAGAGUCCUGUAAUUCCUCUGUGGGGCGAAAGUACCCAUGGGCUGGACUUAGAUCAGAUCAAAUAGGGAUCACGAAAGAGCCAAGUUUUAUUUCAAAAAGAAGAGUCCCUUACCAUGACCCACAGAUUUCCAAAUCUCUUAAGUGGAAUGGAGCUAUCUCAGAAAAAGAUGUGGUUGUAGCACCGCAGCCUGCAGCCCUGGAAACACCAAAAUCACAAGAGGAAGAACAAAAAGAUGUUACCCAAGGAAGAGUUCUCUCACUAGAAGCCUCCAGGGUUCCCAAAAGAACCAGAUCCCAUUCUACAGACUCCAGAGCUGAAGGGACUUCAUAUGUUGUAGAAAAUAAUGAGGAUGUAAUACCAAACCAUACACCAGUUAAUGCAAAUGUGGAACUGGAACAUUCUACCAAGAUUCCUCCAGAAAAUGUAGAUAAUGGGUUGGAUAGAAUUCUACGUAAAAAAGCUGGAUUGACUGUUGUUCCUUCACAAAAUGCCUUGAGAAAUUCUGAAUAUCAAAGGCAGUUUGUUUGGAAGACCCCUAAAGAAACUGCUCCAGUUUUUGCAGCCAAUCAGGUUUUCCACAAUAAAAGCAAAUUUGUUCCACAAUUCAGAGGUAACUCAAUCAUUCCCGAAACUGAAUACAAAAGAAAUUUCAAGGGGUUAUCUCCAGUGAAAGAACCAAAAUUAAGAAAUGAUUUGAGAGAAAACGGAAAUCUUGAAACAGUAUCUCCUGAAAAAAAGUGUAAUAAAACAGACAAUCCUUUAAAAUUAGAAGCAGAGAUGGAAUUAAAAGACUCAAACCAGCCUAAAAAGAAGCUUACUCCUUGGAAACAUCAAAGGCUUGGGAAGGUGAAUUCUGAAUAUAGAGCAAAAUUUCUGAGCCCAGCUCAAUAUUUAUAUAAAGCUGGAGUUUGGACAUGUGUGAAGGAAAACAUGCCAAAUCAGGGUUCUCUAAAUGCCAUGUGGUAUGCAGAGGUUAAAGAACUGAGAGAGAAGGCUGAGUUUUAUAGGAAACGAGUUCAGGGAACACAUUUUUCUCGGGACCAUCUGAAUCAGAUUCUGUCUGAUAACAACCGCUGUUGGGAUGUCUCCUCGACAGCAAGCUCAGAAAGAAGCAUUAGUAGCAACAUCAGAGCAUUAGAUCUUGCUGGAGAUACUACAAGCCAUAAGACUUUGCAGAAAUUUCCUUCUACAAAACUAGAAGAAAAACAACAUACCUUGGAAGAAGAGCACCAGAAAACUACUACGGAGAAAUUAGGUGUGUCAGGUGUUCCCACUGUACCGGUUAGAAGGCGGCUGGCCUGGGAUGCAGAGAAUACCAGUGAAGACGUACAGAAACAGCCCAGGGAGGAAGAGGAGGAGGAGGAUGGGAAAAGGGACAAGCAGACAUAUAUAGGAGAGCUCGAGAAGUUGGACGUACAUGAGCAAUCUAAGGCAGACAAGAUAGAAGGGUCGGAGUCUUCUUCUGUUUCCUCAGGAAAAGGAGGCAGGCUUCCUACUCCAAAGCUGAGAGAACUUGGUGGAAUCCAAAGGACUCAUCAUGAUCUUACUACUCCAGCUGUUGGUGGUGCUGUAUUAGUGUCUCCAUCUAAGGUGAAGCCUCCAGCCCCAGAACAGAGGAAAAGAAUGUCCUCUCAGGAUUGUUUAGAAACUUCAAAGAAUGAUUUUACUAAGAAAGAAAGUCAUGCUAUAUCCCUACUGACUUCUCCAGCUGCUGGUAUAAAAACAAUUGAUCCCUUGCCUUUGCGGGAAGACUCUGAAGCCAAUAUCAAAUUAGCUGAGGCAACUCUUCCAGUUUCAAAAAUUCUAGAAUAUCCAACAAACACCCCUGGACAGUCACCUUCUCCACCCCACGUGCCGUCCUACUGGCAUCCCUCCCGUCGAAUUCAGGGCUCUCUGAGAGAUCCAGAAUUUCAGCACAAUGUGGGAAAAAUGAGGAUGAACAAUUUCCACUUACCUCAGCAUGAAGCCUUUAAUGAUGAAGAUGAGGACAGAUUGUCUGAGAUAUCUGCACGCUCAGCAGCAUCUAGUCUUCAGGCUUUUCAAACUCUGGCACGAGCUAAGAAAAGGAAGGAGAAUUUCUGGGGUAAAACAUAAACCCAGUUGAGUUGCUUGUGUAUAGGGAACAAUUGACAUAAUUUUUCUUUAUUGCUUACUAUGUUUGUUUGAAUUUUUUUCCUGACACUCCCUACUUAAAAAGAAAUAUUUGAUUUUCAGUAGUCAAUUCAAUUUACUUGGAAAUUUUUAACACAGGCUUAUACAAAUUUAACUUUUAAAGAAUUCUUUUUAUGUCUAUCUCAAAGUACAAAGACCAUAGAUUAUAGAGUUCUUCCUAUGUUAUAACUUUUGUAUUAGGUGCCAUGGAUAGAAUUUUGCCCAUCCAGAGAAUAUUCCAAGAAGAUAAAGUGAAGUAAAAAUUAAAAUCCCAGUGUGAAGUAUGUAGUCCCCUAAGAUUGGUUAUAUGUAUCUUUAUAAUUAUAGAUGUCACAAAAUGAAUUUGUUUUUCCUUUAACUUUUGCUGUAGUGUUUUUUAUUUGGUCCCUUCCAUAUGUGGUUGCAGUGUUAUUUAAUAUAAUUAUACUUUGAAAAUACCAGCUGUAUAUAUUUUUCUUAUUUAUGUAACAAAGUUUGCUGAGAGAUAUGUAUAUUUUUGAUCUUUGUGUGCACUCUAUUUGUAUAAGGACUGUGGCUUACAUUUGAAUAAUGUCUGGGUUUUGAAAAAUUAUUUGUAUAAUGGAUAAUUAAAACUUUGUAGACAUUUUGAAAUAAAAAUUAAUCAAGUG